AUGGGUACAGAUAGCAAAACAAGUUCACAUCAGCCAUCCUCGAAAGUAACUGUUGUUUCGUCAUCCUCAUCGUCGAAAAAUGUAAAAAAGAAAAAAUCUAAAACGAGUCAUCAUAAGUCGAAACAUAAUAAGCAAGCACGUUCGGAUUCGUCGUCAUCUCGGUCAUCCGAUGAUUACGAACGUAAUGCAACAUCAUCCACGUCGAAAAAGUCCACUAAAACGAAGAGUUCAAGAGACAAAUCAAAACUUUCGUCAUCCAAUGAAACCCGUAGUAAUGAUAAGAAAUCUUCCAGUAGUAAAAAGAAGUCCCAACGUCAAAAACGUGAAUCGUCCGAAUCAUCACCAAAACGAAACAAUACAACACGAAGCCGUUCAAAAUCCAGGUCACGUAGCGAUAGAUCGAGCGAUAGGUCAUCAUCUCGUGAAACACCCACACGCUAUCGUCAUAAAAAUUCGCGUCGUUCGGGUUCGAACAUGCAAAAUCUUUACGCACCUAUGUCGCAUUCAAACUUUCCUCCGAAUAUGCCACGUCAUUAUUUACCUCCAGGUUUACAUGCACGUGGUGGUCGUAUGCCUCCUUUCAUGCCCUCGCCAAUGAUGGGUGGCCCGGUAAUGCGUAAUAGCAAUGGUAAUCGUCGUUCGGGUGGUAACAGUCCACCUCAAUCUUUACUUGGUAAUUAUCGGCCCAAUUCAAAUAACUUCCGUGGUCGUGGUAACGCAAUGAAUAAUCCUAAUUAUGUGCAUAAUGUUGCGAAUAUGAUCAGUCUUUUACAACAACAACAGAAACAGAAGGGAGGACCUGGACAGAAGUUCGCUAAUCCCAAUAAUCCCAACAAUCGUUUUUAUCAACAAUUUCAAGAUAAUUAUAAGAAAAUCAGUUCAGGACAAAAGGUCAGCAAUUUAUAUCAAGCGUCGUUUCCUGUUCAACAUAUUCCACGCGAAAUGCGCUUUAAUUUUCGUUUACUUGGACGAAAUAUUUUCACGGCAUCCGAUGAAGAAGAAGAGGCACAGGCACAGGCACAACAAGCAGCAACCGAGAAGAAAUCCAAACAACGGCGAAGUUCGAGUUCAUCAUCUGGUUCUUCCGGUGGCAAUCGUCGAAAACGUCGAGAUGACGAUAGAAGUGAUGAGGGCGAUCAGAAAUCAUCAAGUAAAUCCAAAUCGUCACCAACGAAUAAAACGUCUAGCGAACAAAAACGUGCAUCAGCGAAAACUAAUCGAAAUCGAUCAUCGGCAGCGAUGUCACAACAUUCAAAACAAACAUCAGCGCCACACGAACUGAUGGGCAACCCGGCACAUCUAAGUUCACUAUUAGCGGACAUUAUUCAGACGAAUAAUCCAGAAAUACUUGCUAACACAUUAGCAACAGCAGCAGCGGUUGCCAACAGUAAGCGCGAACGGUCAAGGAAAUUGCAAGAAGAAGUACAAAAAUUCAAGAGUUACGCUCGAAUUCAACAGAGACAAGCAGCUGGCGGUACAUCUACAGCGACGGCCAAUGUUGAAGAAGUGGAAAAGAAAAUCCAUGGUUUAGCCAGACGAUUACAAAUGAAAACCAUAGGCUUACAUGAUGAUUAUGAAUCGCAAGGCAUGAAACGCACCGAUGAAUCCAGUGGUGAUUCCGAUGGUAAUGAAAAUCGUCAUCGUUCAUCAGGCUCGAGUUCCGAUCGCUCGAAAGAUAAAGAUGCUGGCAGCGAUGCCAGUACCAAUUCUCAACGUCAACGAAAACUAAAGAAAAUUGGUAAACGAUCAAAUAAAAAGAUGAAUGCGGCUGGACAAUUAGUUGGUUCCAGUGAUAGUGAACAACACCGUUCUGAUGGCAAUGAUAGUGAUCGAAGCAUGCUCAACUUGAACGAAGAUCUGAAACCUAUAGGUUAUUACAUCAAAGAUCGUGAACGUAUGCUCCAAGAAAUGUUUCGUUGUGUUCGCGGAUACAAACUUCAGGCUAUUCUGCCAGAUGUCUUAAAGGUAACUUCAGGAAAAUGUUUUCUCUGAUUUUUCUCUUCUUUUGUCUCUUAUUAUAAUUUGUGUACUUGCGCAACACAUCCUCUCGAAGAAAUUAAAGCAAAAUGUCUCGAUCAACUCGACAUCUUAUCGAAGAAACGCAUUCGGGCUAUCUUAUUAGCUCAACCAAUGACUUCAUCGAGUGGCACGGAGGACAGUACGGAUGAAGAUGAUCAAGAAUUUUUCUCACUAUAUCCACAUUUGAAAUCGUCGUUGGAUCAAACAAACACGAAUGCUUCGAGUGCAGCACCAAAUACCGAAACAGCGAACACAUCGCUGCCAGAGGCAAAUAAGAAAUCUUUGCCAAAUAGUAAAUUUCGUCCGGUUCCAAUGCAAGCUGUUACAGAAACUGGCCAACGGGCAUUCGUUCAAAAUAGUCUUUCUGCUCCGGUCGUUGUCGGUGGUGAUGAAGAUGUCAAUGAUUAUUAUGAAGGUUUUAAGCAAAUAAAAAAACUAGCUAGUCUUCGUCGGAAUGAGCAAGACGAUGAGUUCUCACCGUUUCCUGAUCAAAGUGGCAAAAUUCUUCAACCAAUCGGUUCAACAACGGCAAAAUUCGAAUUCAAACCAAUCACAGGCUUGACGCACAGUCAACAAGCACAUUUAAAUGCACGCCGAGCAGCCAAUCGACAACAACAGCAACAAAAGGAUGUUCGUCGAGAAAUUGAAGAUUUACUUGACAUCGACGAUUUUGUUGUACCAAACGGCAUUCGUCCCAUAUCAGCAGCAGAGCUAUCGUCGAAAGAACAACGUAAAUACGGCCUGCCACCUAGAUUACAUCAUAAAGUGCCAAUUGGACCACCAAAAAAAGGAUCAUUGGGCGAUCUACUCAAACAGAAGAACAGAUCGUCCAGCGAACGUAGUCCAUCGCCGAUGAUGGAUAUCAGAAGUCGAAAACGUACACGAAGACGUUCGCGUUCAUUGAGCUCGACAGGCAGUGGUCAAUGGUCACGAUCGUCAUCUUUAUCGAACCACGAAGGCCGAUUAUCACGACAUUCGUCACGUGAUACAUCACCAGUGAGUGGUAAACCAGAAAAAACCAGUGAAGACGAUAUAGCGGAUAUGAACGAUCUAUCGAAGUUGCUCGAUUUGAACGAAGAAGAUGAAUUAUUAUUACUUCAGAUUGAAGUCGAACAAGAAGAACGUAAUAUACGUCGAGAAGAAAGACGACGACGAAAAGAGGAAAAAAAGACCAGAAAGUUGAAGAAAAAACUGAAAGGAUCCUGUCCGAACGAUGAUCGAAAAGUGAUUCAACAAUGUCUUGACGACUUACUCAACAAAACUGUUGCCGAAUAUGAAAACAAAACCACUUUGAAACGAACAUUUGAUCCUUCAGAUAGCGAGGUAUCGAAAAAGGCCAAAUUAGAUGAAGCGAAUUAG